UUUUUCGUUCUCCGACGUGUUCGAAACAUGUUCAAUACGUUUUCCGUACUUUUUCCUCAUUUGAAAUUAAAAAACAAAGCAAUAUGCAUUGAUAACAUAGCAUUUAAAUUUCACUACCGGGCAACGUUUUUGGUAUUAUUAGUGUGUUCAAUUCUAGUAACAUCAAGACAAUACAUAGGUGAACACAUAAGAUGUAUCACCGGAGGAUCGAUCCCGGAGCACGUUAUUAACACGUUUUGUUUUUUCACCACAACAUUCACGGUGGUGAGGUAUUUCAACGAAUCUAUGUUACAAGAGAACUAUAUUCCUCAUCCGGGAGUAGGACACAUGAACGACGAAGAGCCUGUGAAACAUCAUGCCUAUUAUCAGUGGGUACCGUUUAUACUUUUCCUUCAGGCCAUCAUGUUCUAUGCCCCUCAUUAUCUUUGGCGAUCGAUUGAAGGUUUCCCAGGGUUAACUCACCGCCGUUGCGAUUUGAUUCCGAUAAAAAGUGGACGAAUCAAAAUGCUCGUAACUGGCCUGAAAAUGGUAGAAAUAUCACAGUAUUAUCAUAAUUAUAAAAACGUUGUACUCGAAAAUAAGUAUACUCUAUACUCGCAGUUAGAACUCACGAAGAAAAUCGCAUCGGUACGUAGAGCUUUCCAAAACCAUUUAAGAACUAACAAUAUUUGGGCCUUCGAGCAUAUUUUCUGUGAAAUGUUGAACUUAGUGAACGCUCUGAUGCAAGUCUGGGGCACCAAUCUAUUCCUUGGCGGGCGGUUUUAUUCUCUCGGGAAACAAGUUAUGCGAGAAGAUUUUUCUGGAACGGUGGAUGUGUUGGAUACGGUAUUCCCAAAAGUGACCAAAUGCCAUUUCCAUAAGUAUGGUCCCUCCGGUACUAUACAGAAACAUGACGCACUUUGUAUAAUGGCACUCAACGUGAUCAACGAGAAAAUUUUCACUUUCCUAUGGUUUUGGUAUCUCAUACUUAUAAGCAUCUCUAUAGUGGCUCUUGUUUGGAGACUAAUCAUAUUGUAUUAUCAUGGGAGAUGUGAUAAAUUCAACGCUUUCAUAUUCUCUUUUUCCUGUCCUGGGUCAGUCAAUUCACGUGAUGUAACAGUUAUUACAAGACUUCCUUUCUCAGCUUGGUUUUUUCUAUAUUAUUUGUCUAGCAAUAUGGAUCGACAUAUGUUCAAAGCGAUGUUCAAAAAAAUCUCAAAUAAUGAUUGUCGAAACUACGAUACUGACGAGGUAUUCAAUAAGAACGAUGUGUCAUCACGUGUAUUAGAAUCAGAAAUUUUUAGUACCGAUGAGUUUACUAUUAAUAAAGAUUGAAUAAUUUACAUA